GUCACACCCAAAUGCGUCCCCCCGAUGACCAUAACAGGAGUCGGUAGAGCAGGUUUUUGGGGUGGAGCAGCGUCGCCAACACAUCGAGCAGAAGCAAAAAUGGAGCUCAGAGCGUUAGAGACAUGAACCGUGACAUAUCAGCCCUCACUUCCCUCUCUGGUUCGCCCCUUUACCCCAAGAAGUGACCGUAGAAACCGACUGGGCAGCCUCCGCCUGGAUGGCGAGUCUGUCUUAUUUGGUGCUCCGAUUUUCGGGCUCCGCUGGUCGGACUUACGGAGUGUUCUCAAAAGGCUUGACGAGGACUUUGUUGAUAUUUUUUGAUCUUGCAUGGCGGCUACGAAUCAGGUUCCCCUACAUUUAUCUUGUUGCGUCGAUGAUGUUUAAUGUCAGAUUACAGGUAAGUCAUCUGUUAGCUGGUCGCUACCUUGUUUACUUACUAAGUUCCCACGUUGAUAUGUGUGACAAAGGGCCAUCUAUCAUCUGGAGUUAGUAUGAAGCACUGCUCAUUUUUUAAGCUUUUAUCACUUCAAAUUUAAGAUACCAAUCCAUCCCUCAUGAUUGAAACAACACCCUGACGCAUUUUUUGUUUGUAUCUAUCCAUCUAUUGAUUUAUCUGUGUAUCUUUAGGUGCUAUACUAAAGGGUGUGUUUGUUAUCUACCCCUAAAUGAAGGUUAGUUAAUUAAGUGUUAGACCGAGUUCUUUAUCGAAGCCAAUUAGGGCAGCAACUUGUUAUCUUAUUACCAAGUAUUACUCUGCCAAAUGCUUCCAUGUCUAUAAAAAUGACACACAAAAAAGGAUUUUACAGCCUGCUGAACUUCAGUUUACAGAUUAUCAACCAAUUACACAUAUCAGGAGGAAACAAGGACUUUAUGCCAAUGAAUUGUUUCGAUUUAUUUACUUAUUUAUCAUUAUGGGGACCUGUUGGUGCAAAGCAUGAUAUUUCAGGUUAAAAAAUACACAGUUUUGUCAUGGUGGCCCCAAAAUGUCAACUGCACAGAUAUCUUAAUAGCUCACUUUAACAAGAAUUUAAUAAGACACAAAAAUAUUUAGCAAAUGCUGAAUAAAAUCACAAAGUAUGGAGGCAAAGUAUGUUAUUUACCCCUAAAUAAAGGUUAGUUAAAUAAGUGUUAGACCGAGUUCUUUCUCUAACCCAAUUAGGGCAGCAACUAGUUAUCUUAUUACCAAGUCUUACUCUGCCAAAUGCUUCCUUGUCUAUAUUAUGUCAAAAAGGAAUUUACAGCCUGCUGAACUUCAGUUUAGAGAUUAUUAUCUAAUUAGACAUAUCAGGAGGAAACAAGGACUUUUUUUAAACCUAUGCACUGUUUCAAUUUUUUUCCUUAUUUAUCAUCAUCACAGUGACCUGUUCAUUCACAGCAUGACAUUUCAGGUUAAAAAUAAUACUUGUCCAUGCUCUGUUUUGUCACCUGCACAGAUAUCUGAAUAGCUUACUUUAACAAGAAUUUAAUUAAACGCAAAAAUAUUCAGCAAAUGCUGAAUAAAAUCAUAAAGUAUGGAGGCACUGUUGACAUAGUGGUUCAAGUGCACGCUCUGUAUACAGAGAGUACAUUCCUCAAUCUCAAUCCCAGCAGGAUCUGGAGCGAGUGUUUCCCCCUUUUCUCUCCCCACAUUUCCAGUCCCUCUCAGGCUGUCCUCUUAAAUAAAAACAACAACAGCCCCUUAAUAAUCUUGAAAAACAGUGAUUCAUAAAACACAAAAUUAUAAAAAAAGAAUACUAAAUGUAGAAAAAUAUUCAAUCAAAUACAAAAAAGCAAAGACAAAAUAAGAAAUAACUCUUAAACCCUAAAAUGUCUCAAUAUUUCAGAAUUUAAGUAAACACAGUGAGAUAGAAUUAGACUAACUGAAUCAUUUUUAUCAAAGGACACAUGGAGGGAUUUUCUGAGUGUAUUUUUGAUGAAAAUUAAAUAGCAAUAAAACGACUCAUUAACCACAGUGCUCUGCCUUCAGUUGAUAUUUAAUUUGCUUGUAUUAUUUCCAAUUAGGCAGACACUUCAACUGCUUUAAAAGACCAUUCAUUACUUGACAUUUCCGCUGCUUUCGGCCCUUUUUUCAGUUCAAUUUGCAUCCAGCCAGAAUAAAUAACUUUCAAAGGACAGUCCAGUUAGAUUAUGCCAGUUCACUCAUCUAUUAAACUAAAGAAAUGUUUCAGAUUUCUGUUCAAUAACUGUCGUCACAACCUGCAGCCUCUUAUACAAACCUUACACAUUUUAUACAGACAGAUCUGACGAUAAAUAACAAUGUCGUCAUCUGUUUAUUUUGCAGUAGUGUGUUUUUAACAGUCUCCUCAUGUGUUCGUAGGUCCACAUAGAAAUACAUUGAAUCGUCAGUGCCUGUAUUUGGACUUGGAUUUGAUAAACGGAGAGCACUGCCACGUUUCAGACCUCUGUCUGACACCGCACGGCGAUGUGGAGGAAGAAGAAGCCUGUUUCUGUGCAAUGAAGUGACAAGGCUGGCUGUCUCGGUCUGUCUCGUCACUCGAGCCCAGUGCCUUUGUGGAAGGAAGGACGGCAGAGGUGUCUGCAAAAAAAAAUGAGCCACGGUGAGCAGUGAUGGGUGAGGAAACGCCUCACGCUCACCUGUGUGGAUUGCCGCCUGAGAUUCAAGAGCCACCUGUCCUAACCAGGGGGACUGUGCCGGACGAAGGAUGGUUUUGAUAUUUCCUCUGUCUGGAUUUAAAGGACUGUGGCAUGGUUGUGAUUCUGGAAACAGAUGAUUGUCACUGUGUAGCUUUGUAGCUUUUCUUCAUUGUGACCUGUAUGUUUCUUAAGCUCUCAGUGUUAACAUCUCACUUUAAUUUAACUGGUAAACCUUUGAACCGCAUGACACACACAGGCAUGUUUUCUGUCCUCUGUGGCAUGGACACUCUACUUGAAGUUGGGAUUUGCUUUGGAGGUGGUACAUCAUCUUGCAGUAGGAGGUUGUUGUAGAAAAACAGAUACCACAGCUCUUCUCCUGGAAAUUAAGUCCGUUAUUAUUUUCAGUCUCACAGGGAAUCACUGCAUGUAUACAUUUGUCUCUGGUACACGCAGGUCUUCAUGCUCAUUGUUGUGUUUCAGUGGCAGUGGGAAAGGCUUUAUUGGUUUAAAAAAAAAAAGAAAUACAUCCCUCAAAUUUGUAGCUGCAUCUUUCUUAUGUGAAAAUGUCUGUGAGGGGGUACUAAAGUCACAGAAAUGAGGGUCUGGAUGAAUUUUUGGAAGUAUUAAAUCUAUGAAAUCACCAUUUCCAGUCUUUUUU